AUGAUGAUGAUGAUGGAAUCAUUAACGACGACAAAACAGACGACGACGAAAGUCGACGACGACAAGAACAACAACGAUUAUUCAAAUUCGUUCCGCGUGAACGAACUCAUCCUCGCCCUGAAAGAUGGAUUCCUCUACCCGGCGAAAAUCAUCGACAUGAGACGUUUAGAAGAUGGAAGCUCCGGGGUGCUCAUUCACUACCAAGGGUGGAACAAAAAAUACGACGAGUGGGUGGAAGAGAAAGAAACGUGCAGGAAAAUGAACGAAGAAAAUACGAGAGAACAGAAAAGGUUACUCGAGGAAGAUAAGGAGAAAAGGAGGAAAGCGAAUGAAAAGAAGAUUCAGAUUCAGAUUCAGACGACGAAGAGCGGCGGUAAAAGUAACAACACCGCGGCGGCGGUUGGGAACAACAAGAACAAGAACAAGAACGACGACGAGGUAUUAAAGAGGAAGAAGAACGCGACGACGACGAAACGCGAGAAAAGCCAAUCAACCGGGAAAGACGGUAAGAAAAGUAUUACUAAAGAGAGUAAUAGUAAUACUAUUAAUACGAGUAGUAAUAAGACGACGACAAUAGGCGGCGCGAAGAAGAAAGCGACGAGCAAAGGCGAGGGCGAGCAACAGCGGGAGCCACAACAACAACAACAACAAAAGCAAAAACGAGACUUGGUGGAUGCCGCGGCGACAAAAGCGGUUUUAACGACGAAAGAAGAAGACGAAUCGGAAACAAAUAAUGCGACGACGAAAAAGAAAGCCGCACCAAGCGGUGGUCGGCCAUCGAAGAAGCAAAAAAGUGAAGCAAAAACCGCCUACGAACAGAACGCGCCGCCGACGACCAACAAAGGAAGGAAAGGCGCCGUCGUCAACGCGACGAACAACACCAACAAGAGAAAGAACGCGGCGGCUUUGGAAAAAGGGGCCCCGGCGAAUGCUGCGAGUAAAGAGAAAAAGAACGCGAAGAAAGAUACGGCGGCGGCUCCAACGACGAACGCGAAAAAGCAAAAGCAGGAAAAAGAAAAGACGGAAACGGAAGAACAACGAGACCGGCAAGAACAACAAGAACAACAACAAGCGCCUUUGAAACCAAAAGUGAAAGUCAUCUUGGCGACGGCGUUAAAGAAAGAGCUCAUCAAACAACACGAAGCGCUCGCGCACAACCGCGUCCUGAAGCUCCCGAGAGAACCCGCCGCGCAUACCGUCCAAAGUCUCUUCUCCGAUUACGAAGUCGAAGCGAUCGCGAAAGCUCGAACGCCGAAACAAAUCGAACGCGCGAAAGAAAUCGUCGCCGGUCUCAAACGCUACUUCGACGCCGCCUUGCAAAAAGCUUUACUCUACGAAAAGGAGAAGAAAUACUACGACCUCGCCGUCGCGAAGAACGACGCGUUAAAAUCCAAACCCGCCUCGGAAAUCUGCGGCGCGGAACACCUCCUCCGCUUAUACGUGAAACUCCCGGAUUUCAUCCCGGUUGAAGCCUUCGUCGGCGAAAAAGGCGAAAAAGAGGCGCAACUCAUCGGUCACCAACUCGGCGAAACGUUGCGAUGGUUGCAAAAAAGAUCCCACGAAGCGUUCGACGGCGCGUACGUGGAAAUAGACGAAACGAGCGGGAAAGUCAUUCGAGAGAUUCGAAAAGGCGCCGAGGUGGACGACGACGACGACGACGACUUUGAUGAAGACGACUUUGAAGAAGAGAAAGAACAACAAAAAACGACGACUGAUAAUAAUAAAGCUGCUGGAGUUUUAGAAGAAGAAGAAGAGAAGACGGAAAAGGCGACCAUUGAUUUUCCGUAG